GACCUUUCAACACCUCCCGUGGUUUUUUGGGGGGAAGAAAAUCAACAACGAAUUUCCCGAAAUGUUUGCGAACAAUUAAAAGGCAAAGGCGUUUUGAUCUAUCAGCUCAGUAAACAAUCACUGAUACCGUCCACAUCCUGAGAUAGUAUCGUCCCUCAGUGUGGACACCGGCGAGAUGACAGCUGCUUUUUCAUAUGUGAAUGUAAUAAAUAUUUUCUGCUUUUAAUAUAUUUCGGAGUCCCUCCCCUGUAUUCCCUGGAAUUUUAACUCUAAAAGAUUGGAGAAAAGAUUAUCGAAAAGGCUUUUACAAGCCUCCAAAAUGAUGCUGAGUCCGGACCAAGCCGCCGACUCGGACCACCCUAGCUCGGCGCACUCGGAUCCGGAGUCUUUGGGCGGCACGGACGCCAAGGUGCUGGGCAACGUGUCUGACCUGGAGCCGGUGGAGGAGGCCGAGGGCGACGGCAAGGGCGGCGCCGCGCUCUCGCUCUACCCGCACUACAGGUCGGCUCACGCCACCCGCGAGCGCAUCCGCGUGGAGGCCUUCAACCUGGCCUUCGCCGAGCUCCGCAAACUGCUGCCCACGCUGCCCCCGGACAAGAAGCUCUCCAAGAUCGAGAUCCUGCGCCUGGCCAUCUGCUACAUCUCGUAUCUCAACCACGUCCUGGACGUGUAGGGGCGGGCGCGCUGCCGGAGGCUGCGGGUCUGGAUGUCGGGGGACCGAGACCGACCCGGGAGACUUGGACCGUGGAAGAAGUUAUCAGCGUGUUGCGUUCUCUCGGAUCAGCAGGGGGACGAGGGAAGGCUUCCCACUCUGGAAGGUGGGGUUGUCUGGCAAGCUGUGGGGCUUGCAGGGGGUAUUUCCCAGGCCGGCGGACCUCCGGAGGGCACUGGAGAUGGGCCGCCCCCAGGCCUCCCCUCCCUGCGUUAGGAUCCCUUUAAGGGUGUUUCCUUUAGCUCACUGGAGACUUGGAGUUCUCCUUAGUUUAUCUCCCACGAAUCUUCCAAGUUUUGAAAAAAUGAGGGCAGAAACUCCGAGUAUAGGCUCAUAACUUUAGCCGAUCUGGAUUUUUCUAAUUGACAAAUCACCAAACAUCUGGAGGGGAAGGGAGGGAAUGUCUUCCAGGGUAGAGAUUUUAAGUGGAACAGGAAAUUUUCUAUUCAGAUGCAAAAAGAAAGAUUAGAUUAGAAACCAACUACCACAGACAAGCCCUACUGCAUACUUGGUAAGCUCAAAAAGAUACAGUGAGAACAGGCAGACACAGUGUGGGACGAUAUGAGCUUGGUGGGAACUGAACCCUGAAGUAUGACUCUAAUGUAGACAGGAAAAUCCAUAUUUAAAUGGAAAACUUAAUAUCUGACUGCGUUUUCAGGCAAAGUGCCCCUUUAUAUAUCCAAAAACAUCUAUUCGUGACCUUAAACGCGUGGACCCAUAGGUGCAGUUAGAAAAAGACUACCUAUUUUUAUUUAUGUUAGAAGGAGUAGAGUAUUUUUUCCAAGACAUUUAUUUUUCAGAGUGGUGAUAACUUUACUUUGGAUACUCUGUGCCAAUUAAUUUAUAGUCACGUGUUUACACUUUUUCCUGUGGAAUAAUACUUUUUACGUGUUUGUUGAGAUUAUGCUGUGGUCUUUCUUUUGGCUCUAAUUAUAUUGCACUUGCAUAACAAAUUUCCCACUUCUCCCUGUUUCUAAACAAAUUUUAUAUAUUAAGAUGUUUGUUUGUGGUGAGAUCAGCAACACUAACACUUCACUAUUAUAGUUUUUUAAAAAAGUAAGUGUUGUUAUUAUCUGUAGUUAUGUCUGAAAAGUACUUUACAAACUGUUUAUAAGGAAGUAGCUUCUUUGUGUGUGUGUGUGGGUGUGUGUGUGUGUGUGUGUAUGUGAUGUUUGUGCCUGGGAUGAUUUUAGGAAAUUAAGUUAUUUUCCUAAAAAAAAAAAAAGAAUUCAGAAACUACUUUCCUCUGUGACAACCAAAAAGAAAAGUCUAUAACCUGAAAAUGUUUCAUGUUCUCAGCUGUGAAACUCUUAAAACGAGGAGUGUAUUUUAGAGAUAAUGGGGGGGGGAAAACCACACCUGCUAUCCAAAGAUUUUAGUCUUUUUCAGGGUUUUUGUGUGUCUCUGUUGCUUUAUAUAAUGCAAUAUUUUGUAGUGAAAAUAGAUAUAAUCUGGUUUCUAUCUGACGAGUUUUUCAUAUCUCAUGAAUG